AUUAAUUUCUUUUUAUAUCAUUUGAAAUAGAAUGAUGAGACUUAAAUAUAUCAUUUCAAGCACUAGAAACUCGACUUCGCCGGCCUGUCAGUUAAAAAUGAACUACUUCGUGCAAGAUUUACAAUACGAAGAUUUAUUAUCGACCCUGAAACUGAUUCCUGCUGCAGUUUAGCACGAACGGUACCGGCAAACACGAAUAGCUCCUCAGUCCUUCCUUAUCGAUACCUUAUCUACUUAGAAGUAUUUAGAAAAUUGCCAUUUACUUAAAAGGAUAAUACGCACAGCGUGUACUUCACUCUCACGUACAAUUCACUCAAGAUCCGCAAAGCAUCGCUACUAUUCACCGCCUGCCAAUCAAGAUUCGAACUUCCGUGCAGGAUGAGUCGAAUUCAAAGAUCGGGAACGAGAUACCCCAGCCUCAACCGCCGCCCUCGACGCCGACCAAAACGCGUGGCGUUGUGUCACCCUCGUCCGUCGUGACACCCCAAGCCGUUAGAAGCGGACUGGCUAGAUCUCCGGAAGCCACGACGCCCAGAGGGCAACUCAUGCAGGAAACGGGGGGUCCAACCCUCGCAAACGGACGCGCAUCCAAAACACCCUCGCCAGACGUGACGAACAGCAAAGGCACGCCGAAGGGUCAUUCACCAGGAAGGUCACCAACUUCUCCGCGUCCACCUAGCAGCUUACGCGUUCGAUCCGCCGGCGAUAAGUCUUCCCCCGAGACACCUAGAAAAACGUCCCCCGGUACACCUAAUAGAAUAUCCCCCCGCACGCCGAGGAAAACUCCGUCCCCCAAGGAGCUGCGUCUUCCGAAGCUCACGUCUUCGUCGAUAUCGCAAGAAGCAAAUCCAGCGGUUGCCGAAACUCAUCAGAAAAUCACUUUACCGAAAUUGAUCGAGCAUCCAUCGUCGCAAUCCGCCCGAAUGGCAUACUAAAUCGAGCCAUCGAAUCAAAAAUGUGACGGGCUUUCUAGCACUUUAGUACAGAAUGUCACAGACUCCUCGCAGGUUCUCUCAUUUGCGACUGAUUUCAAACUGAGCUUU